AUGUCAUUUAAAGAGUUAUUACUAGAAAUUGGCCCAGAGCAUUUAUUGCCAGAAAAAUUAUUGCCAUCAUUCUUACAGUUGAAGCCUAAUGAAAUUGAUCAAAGCAUAGCUUUAAUAUUGGCAGAGAUUUUGAUUCCUGGAUCUCAGGGGCUAUCUAAUACUCAUGGAGGUGUCACUGGUUUAACAUUAGCUAACAAUUUACCAGAAGCUAAUGCCAAAGGUGCUCAAUUGCAAGCGUGCUUUCGUUCGAUCGAUUCAGAUUCUAAAUUUAAUAUAGAUUGGUACAAAGUUUUUUCUCAUGUUCAAGAAAACUUAUUUGAAUCAUCACAAAGAAAUCUUCAACCAUCAGUUGCAAAUAUUACUCAACUUUUAUCGUCGUUAGACUUCAAAGUAGGUAUUAUAGAUGUUUUCUUAAAUUAUGACUGGUGGUUUAGUAAGACAUUGUUGUAUAUUUUACAAACUUUAGACCCACAACAAGGCGGUUAUGAUGUAACUGCUCUGAAAAACAUAACUCUUUGCUUUGAUGAUGAUGACGAUAUUAAUGAUAAUGAUGAUGGCAAACAACCUCAGCAAAGAAGAAAUAUCUUACGCUUUGUUAACAUUGGUAAGUUAGAAUUAUUAGUGUUGACAAAGGUUUCUCAACAAAAUCAGCAAGCGCAAAACCAGAUUCAAGAAAAAGAGAGAAAGUUAAAUAUUUAUUUGAGUCAAGUCUUUGAACAUGAUUAUCGUGUAUUCCCUGAAUAUCUUAUUGCUGCAGCACUAACUAUCGUGGACAAGAACACAUUUAUUAUUGAUUUGAUAGAUACAUUGUUUACCUUAUUGAUGGACAGUAAUACUCAUGCAUUGGAUAAGGUAUUAAACAAGUUUAAGGAACUAGACGUUCAGUUGGCUCUUAAUAAGUUAAUCGAUUACUAUACCAAGAGAACGACACCCGAGGCUAUUAACAAGAUUGUUAAGACGGCUACAAAGUUGGAUUUGAUUGAUGAAUUACUUAAUAAGCUCUUGCCGUUGAAUUUUAAAUUAGGAUUAACGUUUGCUAUAGAUGCUACUAACUAUGGUUAUGACUGUAAACCAAUUAUUCAAGCCAAUUUUCAAGAUAUGCAACAAAGAGGUCCUCUCUGCCAAGCAUUGUUAGAAAUUUUAGAGGCAAGGGCUACCCAAGAUUAUGAACGAAGCCAACAACCACAAAUUAGUAAUGACUUAUACAAAGUAUUGCGAAUCCCAGUUGUAUACUACUUGUUAGAAAAAUUGAAAUCUAGCAACGGAUUAAUUGAUGCAGAUAGAUUGAAAAAUUUGCAGUUACUGCUUUUAACCACUUAUCCGAGACUUAUUAAUUUUGGCUGUGGUCAUGAUGAGGCUAUUUUAGCUAAUGGAGAAGACUAUAAUUUAUUCCCUCCUCAAGUAGAACAAGAAAUGAAAUCUUAUUAUUCCAAGAUGUAUAAUAAAGAAAUGGAAAUUAAGGACAUUGUUGACAUGCUAGUUCGCAUGAAGGUAAGCGACAAUCCACAUGACCAAGAUGUAUUUGCAUGUAUGAUUCACUCGUUACUUGAUGAGUACAGAUUUUUCUCAGAGUAUCCGUUAACUGCAUUAGCAUCUACUUCACUUUUAUUUGGUGCUUUAUUACAAAAGGAUUUGAUACAGGGAACUACAUUGACAGUUGCGCUUAACUUUAUCUGGGAAUCAUGUAACCAACCACAAGAUUCGCAUUUAUUCAAAUUCGCAGUUCAAUCCUUGUACAACUUCAAGUCUAGGUUACAUGAAUAUCCAAUUUAUUGUAAACAUUUAUUGGAAUGUCAGUCGUUGUCUGCGCAUGCCAAGAUGUUUCAAAUUGUGAAAGAUGCAGCUAAUGGUAUUCCAUGUCCUGACUCGUCUGCUUCAUCAAGCAGCCAGCCUACAUCAGCAGAUGGUGCUGGUGCUUCAAAAACACCAGACAAUUCUGCACCAAAAUAUCAAUCUAUUACUGUUUCAGACAAGCAGAUUGGUUCAAUUCAACAAGAAAAACCUGCAGAGAGUAUUUCAGACAAAUUAUUAUUCUUCGUCAACAAUAUGACUGAUGAUAAUUUGGCGUCUAAAUUGCCUGAAAUUAAAGAAUUGUUGACAGAAAAUUACUUUUUAUGGUUCGCCAAUUACUUAGUUGCUGAUAGAGCUAAGGCAGAGCCAAAUAACCACAAGCUAUAUGCCACUCUUGUUGAAACUUUGGACAAUGCAAUUUUCUACGAAUACGUUUUGAAUUUUUCUUUGAAGGAAGCCGAGCACAUAAUUAGAAAUUUUAAGGAUUCAUCCAUUGAAAGAGUUCAAUUGAAGAAUUUAGGUUCAUGGCUUGGUAAAAUUACUUUAGCUAAUGACAGACCAUUGAGAAGAGAUCAAAUUGCUUUGAAAUUUUUAUUAGUAGAGUCUUUUGAUUUUAAGUCUUUACAUUUAAUUAUUCCAUUUGUUUGUAGGAUUUUAGAUCAAGCUCAAUAUUCCAAAGUUUUCAAUCUUCCUAACCCGUGGUUGCUAGGAAUAAUCAAAGUUUUAGCCGAACUUUAUGAAUGUGCAGAUUUAAAAUUAAAUUUGAAGUUUGAAAUUGAAGUUUUAUUAAAUGUAUUCAAAAAGAAACUUAAAGAUAUUGAGCCUUCAACCAUUGUUAGAAGUCAUAAUCCAAAUCCUACAGCCUUGGCAGCGAUGUUUGGUAUUCGUCCAGAAACCGUCACCUUAACUAGUGAUAUGUCGAGAUUGGCACUUGAUUCCUCAGAGCCAUUCGUCCCUGAAGGGCCUAAUGUGCAAUUACAACAACUUCAAUUGCAGCAACAAGCCCAGGGUCAAGUUGUUCCUCCUUCUCUUCAACAAGCGAGAGGAAGUAUUGAUGAAGUUGCUGGUACAACAGCAAAUGUUCCAGGUCAGAGUGCACCAACAACUACUCAAUUGGAUACUUCAUUUAGUACCUUAAUUGGUAAUACGAUAUUCACACAGAAUCCUAACUUGAGACGUGCAUUCCAGGCUUCAUUAUCUCGUGCUGUGCGUGAAUGUGCAGUUCCUAUUUUAAGUAGGGUCUCUGAAGCUGUGUUAACCACUACAGAAGCUAUGAUAAGGAAAGAUUUUGCUUGUGAGCCAGAUGUUGCUAAGUUCCGAAAAGGUUAUCAGAACUUAGCUCAUCAAUUGUCUCGUAGUAUGGUUGUAUGUAGUGGACGUAAGAUAUUAAGUGAAACUAUUGAAGCAACUAUGUUACAGCUACUUGGCAAUCAAAUCAAUCCAAAUGAGCUACCAUUGGCUGAAUUGUCUUUAGCUGUUCAAAGCAAUGUUGAUUUAUGCGUAGAGAUCGUGGAUAAAAUUGCAGCUGGUAAUAUAAGCGAGUUAAUCGAUGAAAAGAUGCAGAAAUACAUUUCUGCUCGUGAGAAGCGCAAUCCAAAUGAACCUUUUAUAGAAGAAGGCACAUCUGACUAUGCCUUAAAGUUGCCACAGCCAUUAGGCUUGAAACAGGAAGGUCUUAAUGCUAGCCAAUUGAAAAUCUAUGAAACUUUCGGUACAAACGGUCCAAUAGCGAAUAGUGAUUCCAAUAUAGGUGGCCAGCCUCCUGUUCAAGCUGGUGCUAAUACCAUUCCUGAAGCAUCGCCAGCAGUUAUGGCUGCUGCUGCUGCUGCCCCUGUUGGGCAGUUGACUCCUCAACAGCAGUUAGCCCUUUUACAACAAGAAGAUACAACUGUUUCUAUUGACCAACUCUUUACAGCAAUCACACAGAAUUGUGAAAAGGCCAUUCAAUUAUUGAAAGAUGCAAAGGAGACUCAAUUGGCAGAACUUGCACCAGAGCACCCAAUUAUGAUCGCUUUGACACAAGCUUUGACUAUAGCUCAAAGCAAUGCUUUGAAGUAUCCUGAAUUAUUAUUAAAGGCCGCUCAAUAUACCGUUAAUUGUCUUUUCACGCAAGGUCACGAAAACCCUAUGAGUAAUGAAAUUUAUGUGGUUGUUUUAGAUAAAUUAUGUGAAUACUCACCUUCUACUGCUAAGGACGUUACUUGGUGGCUUGUCCAUUCUUCAGAUCAAAGAAAAUUUAACAUGCCUGUCAUUUUUUCAUUAUUAAAAGUUCAGCUAGUUCAGCCUAUUAAAUUAGAUGCUUCAAUUGGGAGACUAAUUAAAGAGUCGAAUAGUCCAGUUGUGGCUAAAUUCGCAGCUAAUUUGUUAUUGAAUGUUUUUAGUUCGGAGGAAUUAAGGCCUAUAGCCUUAAGAUCAGAAUUCGGUUUCACUUUAGAUGCAUUAUCUAAAUAUGAAGGUGAUGAGUCAACAGAAGAACAUAAAUUGGCCAAACAAGCUCGCGACAACUUAUUCGAAUUAUUAAACAAGUCGGCGCUUCCUUCGUCAACAGCGGCAGAAACACAACCAGAACUCUACGGUCAAAUGGGCUAUAUAUUCGCAGAAUGGAUCAAGUUAUUGGCGCAUGGUGAUAAUAGUGAAUCGUUGCAAGCUCAAUUUAUUGAAAGUUUGUUGCAUAACGAAAUAUUGACUGAUCCAGAUUACUUUGAAAUCUUUUUUAAGGCGGCCACUGAAAUUUCUGUUACAUCUUUUGCUACUGAACAUGAAUUAAGAACCAGAACACAACGUGAAACCUACCUAGCUGUUGAUGCAUUAGCAAUUUUGAUUGUGAAGAUAAUAUUAAGUUUCGAAAAGGAACAUUCUUAUGAGGCACUUGAAUAUUUGAAAAAUAUUAUUGGAAUUGUGAUUUUAGUAUUGACAAAUGAUCAUGAAACAUUCAAGGGAAGUUGGAAUGAGCGUGCUUACUUUAGAAUUUUUUCAUCCUUAUUAUGUACUUGGAAUGAUGCUUCAAUGUUAGACGAGAAAGCUACUAUACACUUAGAUGAUGAAUUUUAUCCAUUUAUUGGAGAAGUCUUAAACUCACUUCAACCGAUUGUCUACCCUGGUUUUACAUUUGCGUGGAUAUUCUUAAUUAGUCACAGAAUGUUUUUACCAAGAUUGCUUGAAUUACCAGAAAGACGUGGCUACAAUAUUGUUGUCAAAUUAUUGACUGGUGUAUUGAAAUUUGAAGCCAUUUAUUCGAAAGACGAAUUUGUUCAGCAUGAUGUUAUAAAUGUUAUAUUUAAGGCAAUUAAUCGUAUUUUUACUGGCUUAGCCCAUGAUUACCCUGAAUUUUUAGUUGAAUGUCAUUAUCAAUUAGUCACCGCUAUCCCUGAUAAUUACAUUCAGUUGAAGAAUAUUAUCUUGUCAGCUACUCCAUCCAAUAUUCCCGUUAUAGAUCCUUUCACUCAAGGGUUAAAAGUCGAAAGAUUACCUGAAAUCCACGACUCACCUGUUAUUGCCUACAAGCCGGUUGAGGAUUUAGUUAAAGUUGGAUUGAAGAAACCAGUUGAUAAUUUCUUACGUAUUCCAGCACCUGCAUUAAUGAGAAGCAUAUAUAGUGGUAUGAAGUUGAAUCAUCCUAGAGAUCUGGCUGAUUUUGGAUUUGAUACUGUCCACUACAAUGUAAAGUUGAUUAACACAUUGGUAUUACACGUUGGAAUAUCAGCGGUUGCGGAUAGAUUACCAAACAACAGAGGGUUCAACACAAAAUCAUCCAAUGUCACGUUGUUAGUUGAUUUGAUGAACCAUGGCUCCCUGGAAUUCAAAUUCCAUUUAAUAAAUGCCAUUGCAAACCAAUUACGUUACCCUAAUAGCCACACGCAUUGGUUCAUUGGUAUUAUUUUACACUUUUUCAGCUCAAACUCUAUUUGGGGUUCUGCUACCACCAAAACGACAGUACAGGAAUUGAUUACUAGAGUUUUAUUAGAGAGACAUAUUGUUAACAAGCCUCAUCCGUGGGGUUUAACCAUCGUAUUCACUGAAUUAGUAAAGAAUGGUGACUAUGGAUUCUUUGAUUUGCCAUUUGUUAAGGCUGCCCCUAAUGAAUUAAAGGUGGUUUUUGAAGCUUUAGCAAGAAACGUCAAAGGUGGUGUAACUUUACAGGCUCAACCAGCCACCCAAUCACGCCCUUCUUCAUCAUCGGAAGCUCCUGCUUCUUGA